AUGGAUAACGGUGUCAUAGACAAGCAACCCACCGGGGUGAGUAAUCAAAAUUCUUGAUUUUUUGGCUGGAUUUGGAAGGGUUUCUUGAUUAUUUUUUACAAGGGAAUUUUCAACGUGCGCAGCUUAGAUCUUCUUUAAAUUAUGUGCCAAACUUGCCUCUAGGACAAAUAUCAGUCUGUCGGGAAAAUAACGGCGGAUCGUCGCAUCAAAAUGUCUCGCCUCGCCGCUAUCGCGCACCAAAUCCCAAGCCGCGGCUUGCAGUCGCAAAGCGAUGAUGGGCGAUUCCGAGGUGCGACGAUCCGCCGUUAUUUUUUUAGACUGAUAGCAAUUCUUAAAAGUUUCAGCUUGCGCUUUUCAGGGACCCCUGGGACAAGGGAAAAGUACGGAGAGCGUUCAGAAAAAAAAUUUCUUGACCAUGCCAUCGGCAAUAUAAAAUAGUUUUUUUGUGGAAGCGUUGCUCUCUUUACUAGGCGCGACAUAAAGUCCGUAGAAUUUUGCACAGUGCAUUCAACCCUUUUUUCGCACGCACCGCGGCGAUUCCCCGUUUUUACGCUAACGACAUGCACUUUUCGGCGAUUGCACCCGCGACGUCGGCGAAAAAAAUCUACGGACUUUAUGGCGCGACUUGUAGUACUAGCCCUUCCGGAAAGUCGCUGGUCUUAAGUAGGCGGCACGCACUGUGGGAAAACAAAAAUUUCUUUGCACUGGGCAACUUUUUGCUUUUUGCACCGUGCAGUAGGCCUUUUUUCUAGUGUCGCUCGCAUCCUGACUCUUAUCGCACAGUACAAUCGCCAAGAAUUAGACCCGCGACUUCGCGGAAGGACUAGUAUGAAACAGAAACUUUUAACGCCAAAAUUUGCAAAAAACUGUAACAUUUUGAUCAAUUUCUUGACUAAAAAUUUCCUUGGCUUCAAAGAAGAGUUAGCUAGAAAUCUCGCGAACACCUAACAAGGGAUCGGCAAAAGCGCGCAUCCUGGUUUUUUCUUGAAACAUGUACCAUUUGAAAGAGCGUAAAAAACUGGUCUGGGAUCACAUUUUAUUAGCUGCUAUUUUUGCUCUACGCCUUUGCUAGCCAGCAUUAUUUAGUUCUAGGCUUAUCUCACCCUUUUUCCGAGGAAACAAAUCCGAACGAUUUGCAAAGCACAGCGCAGCAGUGCUUCGGUGGCCUAGUGGGGUAAGGCGCUGAACGAGGCGAACCUGCGAACCGGGUUCAUUGAAAAUUGAGUCUGAAAACGGUUUACAUGUUUUCUACCCGCUAUGUUGCAUUGGGUUACACGACCUAAAAGAUCGCGUGAUCACACAUUGUGAACAUGGACUUGGGUAUCUCAAGGUCGGAAAAAAGUGUGUAUUCUUUGGCAUAGGGUGAAGCGUUGGACGUCAUAGGUACGUAUGGGACAUAUGAAAAGUAAUUAUUGAAUCUUUUUAGCCGUUCAGAAGCAAAGAGUCGUGAAAUCCAACCGGGAUUUUUUAAAAAAUGCUCGCUAGCUAGGGCGUAGAGCAAAAAUAGCAGCUAAUAAAAGGUGAUCCUAGACCAGUUUUUAACGCUCUUUCAAAUGGUAUAUGUUUCAAGAAAAAACCAGGAUGCGCGCUUUUGCCGAUCCCUUGUAAGGAAAAUUUUGUCUAAUUUUUUGACAAACUUCAUUAAAACCAAAGCGUCGCACUUUAAGCACUUUCCUUGUAAAUUUUUUAGUCAUCAAACUUGGCAUUCAUUGAACCAUAUCUUAUCGCUCGACAACGUAUUUUAAAAACAAGAAAGUAUCUUUUUAGAAUUACAUGGACCCACCGCCUCAAGGGGACGAGAGUGCAUGUGGAGAUUGUUGCAAAGGAUGCUGUGAAUGUUGCGGAGUCAGCAUCUGCGCCUCAAUAUUGGCUUGUUGUGCUUGUAAGUUUGGAAAUUUCACUGCAACUUCCUAUAUGUAUACCUUCGAGUGUCUUUUUUAUUUAUUUUUACUGCUUCUUUAUGCAAUUUACCACAAGUUUUAGUGUUAAAUGUUUUCAAAAUUUAACAGACAAACUCUCAGUAGGUCCUACACUAUUUCUGAAGAGUUUCGCUCACCUUUUUCUGUAAUAACUGAGAUCUAAUGUCAUUUUUCCUUUGAAAGGGAUGACAGAAUAUACUGGUGUAGUUUACAAGGCAAAAAGCAUUUUUUUCGGCCAACAAGGAAGCUCCCAAAAGUGUGGGUUUCAGAGUUUUUUGAGCUUUGUUUUGCUAGUUUUGCAAUAGUUUCUGCUCAGCUUUGUUACCAUAACAUUCUCACCAUUUUUAUUAUGUAUUGUUAGAAAAUGUUUUUUCUCAUGGCUCGUUCCGCAAUCUUGUUGCCUUGGAUGUUUAUCCUUACACAGCUUUUCCAAAACAUUUACUCUUUCUUGUGACCCCCAUUUUCUCACCGACUGUCGUCAUCUCCCUAAUCAGCCCGUAUUACAUACGAUCUACCUCCAAAUUACAUUCCUUUCUUUUCAGGUGAAGCCUUAUGUGCGGCCUGUUGUUGCGACUGCUGUCCCUGCUCGUCAUAG